CUCUGUCCCGAGCCAGGUCAGUCGGGGAGUGCAGGCUGGCCCAUUCCGGACUCUGGGCUCCUAGGCCGGGGGUGGGCCCUGCCAGGAGUGGGCGUGAGCUUCGCACGUCCUCCGAGACUACGCUGUGUUCUGUCUUUGCGGCGCGACGGGCGUGGGAGCGGGGCCUGCCCAAAGGUGGGCUGGGGUUGGAGGAAGUGGCCCGGUAGCCGCUGUGUGUCCUGAGGCCGUAAGGCCCCUGACCCCCCCGCUUGAAGCUGGCAAAGGAGCAAGGCCCAUUUUCUCUAGACAAUCGUCAUGAUCCGCUGGGCCCCCAGCGCAUCUCCUGGAAGAGCCCACUCACCCUGGACGAGCUCUUCGGUAGCCUCAGACCGUCCUUGAAGAGGAUGACUGAGACAUUAUGGGCCACGCGCUGUGUGUCUGCUCUCGGGGAACUGUCAUCAUUGACAAUAAGCGCUACCUCUUCAUCCAGAAACUGGGGGAGGGUGGGUUCAGCUAUGUGGACCUAGUGGAAGGGUUACAUGAUGGACACUUCUACGCCCUGAAGCGAAUCCUGUGUCACGAGCAGCAGGACCGGGAGGAGGCCCAGCAAGAAGCCGACAUGCAUCGCCUCUUCAAUCACCCCAACAUCCUUCGCCUCGUGGCUUACUGUCUGAGGGAGCGGGGUGCUAAGCAUGAAGCCUGGCUGCUGCUACCGUUCUUCAAGAGAGGUACGCUGUGGAAUGAGAUAGAAAGGCUGAAGGACAAAGGCAACUUCUUGACCGAGGAUCAAAUCCUUUGGCUGCUGCUGGGGAUCUGCAGAGGCCUUGAGGCCAUUCAUGCCAAGGGUUAUGCCCACAGGUCAGUGGGAGGACCCUGUGUACUUGCUGGGGCCCAGAGGAAGAGCCUUACCAAGAGAAAUGGGAGGUCUCUGUUCUCCCAAGAAACAGCCUAUAUGAUUCUUUUGCUUGCUGGGAUUCCAGCCUUCCUGUCCAGAGAUGCUCGUAGGUCACUUCUACUUCCCUACAGGGACUUGAAGCCCACCAAUAUAUUGCUCGGAGAUGAGGGGCAACCAGUUUUAAUGGACUUGGGUUCUAUGAAUCAAGCAUGCAUCAAUGUGGAGGGCUCCCGCCAGGCUCUGACUCUGCAGGACUGGGCAGCCCAGCGGUGUACCAUCUCCUACCGAGCCCCAGAGCUCUUCUCUGUGCAGAGUCACUGUGUCAUCGAUGAGCGGACUGAUGUCUGGUCCCUAGGCUGCGUGCUAUAUGCCAUGAUGUUUGGAGAAGGCCCUUAUGACAUGGUGUUCCAAAAGGGUGACAGUGUGGCCCUUGCUGUGCAGAACCAACUCAGCAUCCCACAAAGCCCCAGGCAUUCUUCAGCAUUGCGGCAGCUCCUGGCCUCUAUGAUGACCGUGGACCCGCAUCAACGUCCUCACAUUCCUCUCCUCCUCAGUCAGCUAGAGGCGCUGCAGCCCCCAGCUCCUGGCCAGCAUACUACCCAAAUCUGAAAAAGCAGCAGGUUGAGAAGAUGUCCCCUCGUGCCUCGGAAAGAGGUUCCCAUCCCUCAUUGGAAUCUCUACCCAUUCCAUCCAGGACUGCUCUUACACUUGGGGGUAGUGGGGUCAGGACAAUCAUCUUAGUCCUGCAUCUGCUCUUCUGCUUUCUUCCAAGAACAAAACCUGGGCAAGGGGCCUUACUCAGUGGGAGUGGGUGGGGGUUGGGUAAAGGGAAAUGGUGGGAUACGGAACAUGGCUCUGAGCAGGACUGUUGAGCUCACAUAGUGUUCUGCCUCCAAAUCUGGGAGCAGGAGAAUGUAUAAACAAGAAUAAAGUGGAAGCAGAUCGGUGUGGAUCUUAGUCUCAGUGUUCCUAGAGUGAGAGAAGAGGUGCAGUGGGCCCAAAGUCUGGUUGUCAUUUCCAGGAGAACUGCCUGGGAAGGAGGAGGACUGCUGCAGAGUCAGCAAUGGUGUGACUUCAUUCCACAGGAGGUUGGUUAGCCAUGGACAGUUCUAGCUCAUCUUAGAUCAAAACUUAAAGCUGCUUGGGCUCAAGCUGGCAUUUGCCUGUGUCAAGAACCAGGGCCCCCUAAAAGCACUCAACUAGUUCUUUCCUUCCUUCACUCCUGGGGUGAGUAGCUUAGUCAGAGCAGCCCAGCCGGUUUGCCAGGCAAGGGCCUCUGGGUGGAGACACCUGAGGAAGCUUUGGUACAGGGAGAUUACAGGUCUCCCAUCCUCAGCCUAAGGGCAAGGGGAGUGGAGGUGGCAGCAGCAGCUGUUUUUGGCCCAUGUCUCCCUGAUCGUUCAAGCUCAUACAUGGUUAAUUAUUAAUGAGGCAGUGUGGUGUGGCAGUAUCCAGCUGCCACUUCCUGCCUACUCUGCUGAGUAAACAGGGGCCCUGUCUUAGCUGGGCUUCAAACCUGUUCCCUAGGGAAGGGCACUGUUCCCUGAAACACCAGGGAAGAAAGGCAAGGGCAGGGUUGGCAUCUCCUGCUCUUUUGCGAUCCAAGCCUCCUCCCCCCAACCAUGUCCACCCCACAGGCUGACAUCAGCAUGGGGCCUGGGGCUCCUGUUAGCAAAGUUGAAGCUUUCCCCAGGACCCUAGCAGGAGUCUCCCACCAGCUAGCACGGAGGCUGAGGCCAGAAAGAAAUCACAAACAGAGGGGAGAUGACCUGACUUUUAAUGGCACAGCCCAGCUCCAGCAAAGCAGCAAGACAGGAAGCUAUGCAAAGCUGCUCAGAGGUGCAGUGGCACAAACAACUCUAGGAGAUCGCCUGUGUUCUCUCCCAUCCCCCAAGCUUAUGAUGUGGCUCCAUGCCCAGGAACUCUGGGCCAGCCCAGCCCCACUCCCAAACCCUCAUAAUGCACAGAGGAGUCUGGGCCAAGCCUUGCUUCCAGAGUUGGUAAAUGUAGAGGCAGCAGGAAGAACAGGGUGGCAGUCUAACUUUCAAAGACAAACCACUGGAUUAAACUCCUACUUGGAAAGGAACUGAAGACUCAUCCUUCAACAGUUUGUGCCUGGAUUUGGUCCCCAUUUCCUCCCUAUACUGAAUACCCCUAGGGCUUCGAUUUAAAUUCCCUGGGGUUAUGCUUCCUGGGCCUGGCAAGGACCCCUUUGCAGGUCUCACGUUCAGCGAUGGGAGGGAUAAGGGUCAUGAACAGCAAACAGUGAGAGCAGCAGCAGCAUGAAGGGGAAGGCAGCAGAAGCUCAAGCACUCAGAGGGGACAAGAAACCGUGCAAGGAAACUGUUUAUUUCGAAAGGAUUUUGCAAUAAACAUAGUGAACAGGC